AGGGUGCUUGAAUAAGAAUAAAUUGUUGCCACGUCGUCUGGUCUGUGGUUCGGCCCCACGCACUUUUAUACAACACUCUUGACCUGUCUGUUGUUCCAUUUCUGCUUCACCUUAUUUCCUUUAUCGUUACCCUAGUUACGUAGACUUUGAUCGUAAGUAGAAAAUUGUGGGGGAAAGCGGAGUGAGUCACUACCUUCUUUUCUUCUAGGUCUUGAUGAUGCCGUCCAACUUGUCGCACUAGUUGUAGUUCAGUUGUGCCUUACAAAAUAAUUUACACACGCUAUACUUGUUUCUCUUUCUGUUUUUGAUUUGUUUCUCAAUUCGAGUUCGUCUUCAUCUUCAUCAUGGUACGAGGCCAAGCCGAUAAAAGAAUGAGCGGCCCGUCGAUGUCGAAAAACAAUCUGGUCAGUGGUGUUAAGAAGAAGAAAUCUACUGGUGUUUCUCGUGGUGUCGCGAUGAAGGCGGUGUCCGCGUCGAUGAAAACGGGACGGGUGGUGAAGAAAUCUCUUGUACGACCCAUUACAGCGCACACAGCAGGCUCUCUUCGGGCAGGUGGACUUCGGUCGGCGGCGAUCAGCAGCAAAUUGGUACCAACUGACGCGCUGUCAGCGCGAAAACUAAGUGGCACUGACAUUUCUGCAGAUUGCAAGAAACUUCUCGAUGAUCUCGUCCUGAGCAAAAAGCCUCCGCGUGACGGUAAAGUUGCUGCUGUUGCCGCUGCACCAAGGCCGGCCGUGUCCUCAUCGAGAUCGGUUGCCGCGAAGAAGGAGAAGAAGACGGAAGUCGGUAGGAAGGUAGGCACCGUAGCAGCUUCUAAAGUAAAAGUCGCAGCCGGCAAGAAGAACAAAAAGAAAACGUCAGUGACUGUGGUGCGGAAAGCUGCGGCAGCUGGUAAAGAAACGGGGAGCGGCGUUAGGAGAACUAAGUUAGGCAACCCCCAAGUCUCGCCGAAGGACGACAUAAAGAGGAAAACUGCAGUUUCGUCGACAUUGGCUUUGGCUUCAUCUUCGGCAGCGUCGAGGGCAAAAGCAAAAGCACCCUCGCACGCGAUGAAGAAGACUAAGAUUCAACAAGCCACGGGUGCUUCAAAGCCUGCGAAACUAAAAAGCAAGACGACCACAGCGUCUUCGGUGGCUAUGAAAAAGAGUACUGCGAUGAAGAGCAGCCUUGUCCUAAGUACCACGACCUCCAAACGACCGAAAAAUGAUAAAAUUCCUUCUUCGACUUGCUCUUCCGGCCCGAAAAAUUGGCAGAAGACCUUGCAGCUGAUGAAGAAUCUCCGGUUCGAAAAGAUCGCCGACGUCGACGUAUGGAUUGCAAAUAUGUCUGGGUCUGGAAGGAUGCAAGGUUUGUCAUGCUUGUCUAGCAUGACUGAAGAGCUUGUGAUGCGUGUCCAAGAAGAGACCCUCUGGCUUGUCAUGCAAAACGGACUUUGUCAUGCGGAAAGCGAAAGCACUACACUAAGCCACACAAAUAUUUCUCAUGCUGGGCUGUGCAUUGCAGAGCAUUCACUCUUCCCAACCCAGCAUUACAAGUUUCCAGACCCAGACACUUUUGCUGCAUUUCAUAAGACGUGAUCGGGUGCAAUAUGCUUGCGGACCGGGACUCUCCGGACAUGGCGUUUCACCAUCUCGUUGCGGCGAUGCUGUCUGUAUGCAAUACAAUCUUCCCGUACACGUACAAAAUGCAUGACAAAUUUCGCGGCCAGCUUGAAGUAGAGUUCCACUUGUCAUGCGCAAGACGAUUGACGGCGAGUUUUGUCAUGCAGGACCGCCAUUGAGUUUUACUUUAGAUGUACAUGAUUUCUACGUGUGUGCUGGGAAGUUUACCGUGGAUAGUAUGCUCUGACAAAGGACCAGUACACGGCCGAAGCCGUGAGAAACCUGAAAUCUUUGGGAAAAGGAAUCCUAUCCCCGAAAACAGUAGCAGAAAACUACUCCAUUGAUCAAAUCGACACCGCGAUCAAGAUGGUCGGGAUGCACGCGACAAAGGCGAAAAAUUUGAUAUCUUGUGCAAAAGUAUCGUACUCGUAUUGCAAAGCAUCGUACUUGCAUGCAUUACAAAUUUUAAUUUUUUUCUCAAGGUAAAUCCGCAGUACAAAUUUUAUUUCUCAUGCUGAGGGUCAUGCAUUUAUACGAGUACGAUACGGAUACUUUUGCAGUUCAUAUUUGAAAGCGACGAGCGAAAUUCUCGUAAAAGAAUACAAUGGCAAAGUGCCGAACAACCUGGAAAAACUCCUCAAACUCCCGGGCGUCGGGCCGAAAAUGGCCUUUCUCGUCUUGCAGGAGGCCUUCGGGGUUUACGACAGCGGCAUCUGUGUGGACGCACACAUUCAUCGGAUCUGCGAUUUUAUCGGAUGGACGAAAAACGCGAAAACGCCGGAAGACACCAGAAAGCAGCUAGAGAAGUUCUUGCCGGUGAAGGAGUGGAAAGGUAACCUAACUAGACGUUUUUUGUAGGCUGUUCCUGUUUCGUCAUUUACAGCGCUUGGAGCGAAUGACUCGCGUUCUGUUAUCCAGUGAAACUGGUAAAUUGAUUUUGUCGUUGUGGCCUUUCCUGCUUGAAGUUUGCCCUAGAUGCCCUGUAGUUUGAAAAAAUCUCUGAAGAACCAUGCCUACAAUGAUCUUCAAACCAACACCACAUAUAUAAUUCCAUCAGAGUUCAACCCGCUCCUCGUCGGCAUGGGCCAGUUACUGCAAACCCGCGCUUCGUACCUGCCGUGCGUGGCUGUGCGCAAGGACCAUGAGCAUGAAGACAAUUCCGGAGAUGACGCCGGCGGCGUUUCGCACCUCGACCUGGUAUUGCGGAUGGGAGGUGGUGGAGCCACGACGUCGACCAGCAAGUUCUUGCUGAAACCCGACCCGGCAUCGAAGCAAUCCGCCCUAACCGUCGCGAUCGAGCUGGAUCAGCUUGCCGCGGUCAAAUUUCUUGUCAAGAAGUGCGGCAUAUCAAAUGUACAAAUGUCUGGGUCUGGAAGGAUGUAACCUGUGAUGCGCAUUUCAGAACACACAAAAAUCUCUCAUGCAUAGGUAGCAAAAGCUAAAGCUCCCCACUUUCUGUCAGCAAAAUAGGUGACUUGUCAUGCGGAUUCGGCAUUGAUGCGGAAGCUUCUCGAAAUCUGUGAUGCUAGAGCUUCCAUGCCAGACCUUCUGUGUCAUGCAGAAACAGGAUGAGUUGAAUCUUCCAGACCCAGACAUUUCUACACUUGAUACGGCAAGGAGGAGGCAAAGAAGGCACUGUUGUUGACGGACCACGCAGGGAAGCGGCCGCUUGAUUAUUGCAGCAAACAAGGUAGUUCAAGUUCAUCUACUUCGGUAGCGGGGAAGGCGAUCAGAGCAGAGCUGGAGAAACUUCUGUGACAUUGACUCGUCCCCUGGUGGUCGCAAAGAUUCUGAAGGAGGACAGUAGGGCGCCCACGUGGUCAAGUGCGACUGGUCGUAGAUGGUCCACAUCAUCCGAAAUCCCAAGAACGACACAAGAAGUAGAAUGUUGCGAAGAGAACAGAUCUAGAUCAUACCCUUUUUCUGCAUCUCGCACUCGCUCGGACAAGACAAGAAAAACUUUUUGAAUUUGCACUUCGGUCGAAUUAUUUGGGAAAAUAAAU